AUGACUCGGGACAAGCGUGGGAUGCAUUCACCGGAAAAUUCUCGGUCAAAACGAAGAAGACGUUCUCAGUUUGAAGGUCGGAGUAGGAGAUGGGUUUUCUCUUCCAAAGACUUUUCCAAUUGCACGGAUAAGAUUGUCGUUGUUUCAUACAAUAUACUUGGUGUUGAAAAUGCAUCAAAUCAUCUGGAUUUGUAUUCUAAUAUUCCACGUAGGUUCUUGGAGUGGAACAGGCGAAAAAGGCUCAUACUCAAAGAGAUUCAUAACUAUAAUGCCAGCAUACUAUGUUUCCAGGAGGUUGAUCAUUUUAAUGAUCUGGAUGAUCUUUUCCAGAACAGUGGCUUUAAAGGUAUUUACAAAGCUCGCACUGGGGAAGCUCAAGAUGGAUGUGCUGUAUUUUGGAAAGACAAAUUAUUCAAUCUUUUGCAUCAAGAAGAUAUAGAGUUCCAAAGAUUUGGCAUGCGUAACAAUGUUGCCCAGCUGUGUGUUUUGGAGGCAAACUGUGAUAAAAAAGAAUAUGAUGCAUCUAACCUAACAACAAUGGAAUCAUCCGCAGGAAAAAAAAAAUUUGUUUUAGGAAACAUACAUGUGUUAUUCAACCCAAAUCGUGGUGACAUCAAAUUGGGCCAGGUCAGACUUUUACUUGAUAAAGCUUACAAGUUGUCACAAGAAUGGGGCAACAUCCCUGUUAUUAUUGCUGGGGAUUUAAAUAGUGUUCCACAGAGUGCCAUAUAUAAGUUUCUGUCUUCAUCAAAGCUAGACAUCCAAUUACAUGAUCGCCGAAAUAUGUCAGGACAGCUUGAAAUCCAGACCAACAGAGUCUUCUCACAGAUUGGUGAUGACGCUAGCAUUUCGAUGUCUCUUUCAAGGCAAUUGCUAUACAGAUGGAGUGUGGAAGAACUAAGACUUGCAACAGGGGCAAAAGGAAUAACUCAUCUUCAGCACCAACUCAAACUCCGCAGUGCUUAUAGCGGUGUUCCUGGAAACCAUAGAACAAGAGAUGAUAUUGGGGAACCCUUGGCAACAUCAUACCACUCCAAGUUCAUGGGAACUGUUGAUUAUAUCUGGCAUUCGGAGGAUUUUAUUCCACUUAGAGUUCUUGAAACCUUGCCAAUUGAUAUUCUUAAAAAAUCUGGAGGACUCCCUAGUGAGAAAUGGGGAAGUGACCACCUAGCUGUUGUAUGUGAGUUGGCUUUUGCAAACAACAGCAAUGUAUGA